UCUCUUUCUAUUUUUUUGUCACAGGUAACGCAUCCGUGGAUAUUUUUUGAAUCCGGGAACAGUUUUUGUUGAAAGUUUCGACGCUCAAACUCUCUUCCCCCACACCUCUAUGGGACAGAAGAAAGUCGGCGAAGACAGAAAGAAAAGAAGCAGCAACAUUCCAGCAGAGAUUACCGACCAAGUUCACGAAUCUUGAAAAAAAAUAUCCCGAGCAACUUCUGAAGGAGGGAGAUACGUGACGUGACACAGCUCAAGGCUAAAACAGAAGACACAAAAGGAUAAAAACAAGGAUAAAAAAGGAUAAAAAGAAUCUAUUCUCCCGAGGGCCAACAACGAUAGCUGGAAAAAGCGAGACGUAGGGACAGGACGAGCGAUCGAUUGGAGCGUCAUAAUACGAGAGGCCUUCGCCACGAGAGGAAGAUAGCUGCUAGCUGCUACGACCCAGCGAUCGGAAAUACCCGCACAAGUUUGAGAAGCGAACUAGCUCACCCGCUCACUCACUCGCUCACUCACUCGCUAACACACACGCACACAGUGACGUCAGGAUGGAGAGAAGACCUAGUGCUGACAUGAUGGCUGGUAUGGCUGAACAGUUCAUGACAAACUGGACUUCAGAUGUCUUCAGAGAGAGGUGUCUGGCACAAAUCAGUUGUGGACACAGAAGUUUUGGAAGGUGCAUCUCCCGAAGAUUUGGCAGCAGCAGGAAUAACCCAGAAUGGAAUCGACAGCGUGAAAGAAGAGAAAGCCGCAGAGAAAAACAACAAUUAACAUUCUAGACUCUUUUUCUUUAACUCAAAGUAAACUGUCUCCAUGUGUAGGUUUGGAAUUUUUUUUUUCUUCCUUUCUGUCGCUCUAAGAUGGUGUCCUUGUGACGUGCGUACCCAGAAUGCCCGUGUGAAAUCUGUACUGUAGUAGAGAAGGAUGGAGAGGGCUUGGGAAAUGCAGCCAUUGUGAAAAAGGCUUGUUGUGGUUUUUUCCUGAAUGUGGAUUGUUCAUAUGAGAUGAAAAGAAGUACGGUAAAUGAGUGACAUGAAUUGUUGUACUUUCCUGUUUGUAUAGGAGCAAGAAGUUUUCUGCUGUCAAGACGUCUUUGUCUAAGCCUAAGCCUACAUUAUUUUUACCAACAAGGAAUAGUCCUCCUUACUAAGAUGGAUAAGAGGUAUAUAUAGCCUUAUUUAAUACUUUAUCCUUAACGUUUCCUGUACAGUUUAUUUACGGUGUUAAAAAACAGUAAAAAAUCAAAGCUAUGGUACCUUACAAACUUAAGUCUUUUCUCAAAGUAUAUUUAAGUCUUUUUAAUCCAAAGGUGAGAGAGAAAAUUCAAGGAACAGUGUAUUUGUCUCUCGUGAAUUCUUGGAUUUAAUCUGCUCCCGUAAAUCUUGUGUGCAGAAGAAAAAUAAAUAUGGUGGUCACAAUGUUAAUUGGAAAAGAGUGAAAAGACGAGUUGUUGCUGUCCAGGUUCUUAUAGUCAGUGAUUCAGUGAAAUAUUUUUAUCAUCUUCUCAUCUACAAGCAAAAAUAUGCAACUCAAAAUUUUCUUCACCCAAAAAACAUUUUUCAUAUAUGUCGUUAUAGAUAAGUUUGCAAAUUCUUCCUUGUCUAGGCUGUCAUUGCAGUCUACAUGUGAUAUGAAUCACUUGAUUGGUCCAUUUUGGUGUUGGUUUAGUCAUCAGUUCAGAAUCAUACAUAUACUACAUGUAAAGUUCAUAACAUCUGUCAUGUUUUGACAUACUACAUCAAGCCUCAGUCUUUGUUCUGUUCAUGCGUUCAGAGAGACCUUGUGGUUUCUCUAAAGGGGGCCAAAGCAACUGUCUUAUAUAAUUCAGUGUAAACCACUAGUACAUUUACUGUUAUCACAUCUAAAAUAUAUGCAACAUGUAUAUAUACUAUCUGCAUUACUUAAUAACAAUAAAUCUAAGAAUAUAGUCACUGAAUUCGCAGAAAAAUAUAUUUUAUACAGCUUAUCGGUACUCUUUUUUGUUAUAACUUUUGAAUAGCUCUAUUUUGGUCAGAUUUGCUUUUUAUUUUAUUUUGAAGAAAUAUGUAAAGAUGAUGAUAUGGUGGGCAAGAUCAAAUCGUAUCGAACGAAGGAAUUGAAAAGGCCGGCUCACAACGAAACGUGCCCCUGUGUAAAUCUUAAUAAAAGUUUUCCACUUGAAAUAAAAGAAAAAGAACUCUUUUUUAUUAUUAUCAGGAAGGUGAAUAUUCUCAUGUUAAUUUUUUAACUGUUCUGAAGAAAGAAUGACAAACUACUCUUUAUGAAUUUCCUUAGGUGAAAAUUUUCAGUGUUUAUUCUUGCAACUGCAUGCUUUGGGCACAUGAAAAUGUGCAGUCUUGUUUGUUUUUGUUACCAGAUAAGGAAUCCAAAGUGUUAGACUCUGAUUUAACUUGUGUCUUUUUAAAGAAGGAAGGAUAUAUCUUCUUCUUACUAGAUUCAUUUCAGUUGAGCGGAGUUUCUGCCAAGACUAUGUUGUAGAAAAAUUGGCAGCAUUUUGUUGACCAUUCCCAUAGUGCAUUUCCUGGGCUUUUAAAGAGGGUGAGGAUUGUUGGCUGUUAUUUGUUAACCUUUUUUGAAUUGAAAAAAAUUCAAAUCUGUUUUUGCUUCUUGUGGAAGCAUUAAGUUAAUGAGAUUAUUUUGAAAGAAAGGAAUAUAUUUUAUGAUUUUUUGCCUCCUUUAUCUUAUCGCUCGUGCUUUAAAUAACUCGGACUGAGAGAGAUGCAUGAGAUUGCUGUGCGAGUAUUUGUCUAUUGGAUGACAAGUUUGUGUUUUUUGAUAAUGUAUUGUGUUUUUAUCCUUUAUUUUGUUGCUCCUGCAAGAUGGCUGUUGUGCUUUCUAUGCUCUAAGUAUCUAUGCAUCGUGCCUCAUUUCAGGUUGUGAAUGUGCAUUUUGAGCACAGUUGGUCAGUGAAUUUUUUUUUUUUUCAUUUCUUUGGUCAGAUUCUUUAUUCUACUUUUUGUAUUUUAUUUUUAGCCCAAGAGUGAUUUCCCAUCUCUAUUCUUUUGGCGUAAAAUUUUAGCUUAUCUUUUUCUCAACUCUAUUAAAGUGUUUUCUGUUUUUGUUAAAAGAGCUUUUUUUUUCUUCCAGCAUGUUUACCGGUGGAGAGUUCUGCUAUCGUUUUUUCCAUUGCAAUAUUACUCACUUUCUUUGUAAACUUUUUACAUAAAUUUGAACGGUGAUCAGUGUCUCUUUCUCGGUAACAGCUGACAUGUACAAAGAACUUUAGAGAAUAAAAAAAUGGCCAACUUUGUAUGGGUUCAUCAUUUUCUACUUUUGUUUUAUUUGGUCAAAAUGUGGCUACGAGAACAAAAGUUUAUUUAAACAACUAUCAGGGUUAUAUUCCAAACUCAUUAUAACUCAAUUUUCUCAUUGAAUAUUUGCAUCAAAAUUUCUCUCUGUUGUCCCACUAUUCUGCUCUUAUCGAAUUCGAUAAAAGUAAAAAGUUUUAUUAGUCAUGAGCAGUCUAUUUUCGUUGUGAAUGAAAUCUUUUCCAAAAUUGCCUUGUUGGUGAUGUGUUUGUAGCCGUACCGUACCAAGCUUUUCAUGUGCAGGUGACAUACUUGUUCCCCGCCACGAUGCUUCCAACUUUCACAAAGCAGCCUCAGCUUUCAUUGUCGCCAACUAUCUGUGUCAUUCUUAUCAGUGGUCUAUAAUCUCACUUCUUCAAAUGUUUUAUUUGAUAAAUGUUCACAAUUUCAUUUGGUGGAUGCUUGUUUCAUAGACAAAUAUUUAUUUCUUGUGGUUUCUGUCUCUAUUUUGUUAACUUCUUUUACCCUCCCCCCUCCCCCCCCCCCUUUCUCAACUUAUUAUUUAUCUCCUCCUCUUUUUUCUCACUCUGUACUCUAGUCUCUCUUGUCUUUUCCCUCAUUUAAUUCUGAAAAAAUAAGCACCAACCCAGAUGCCAUCAUACAUACAAACACAGCAGACACACACUCCCUUACAUUCCCUCAAGUUGCUCCUAUUUACAGUGUACAAAGUUUCUGUAUGUUCUUUGCAUCUUUUGUCCUGUAUAGGUACUUUAAUUACGGUACUGCGUUCUCCUCUUUUCGAAACUUGACUGAUUUCCUCUCCAUGAUGUUGAGGUAAAAACAAUACUUUUUCUUCCCCUGUCUUUCCUAACUGAAGAAUGUAUUCUCGUAGUUUAGCUGUAGUUUCUUCCUCCUUCCUCCUCGUUUUUCGUAUUACAUUGAGCGACAGAAGUCUCACACUGGCAGUGUGUUUCUGUUUUCCGUUUUAGUAAAGAGUUUUACAGCUCUUGCAACUCAAGUUUAGGUCAUACAUGACUACAAGUGCUGAAGAUUAGAGGAGUUAUGAGACAGUAACUUACAAAGAAAAGAAGGAGGAGACAGAAAGAUGAUGAUAGAUAUUUGAUAGGAAAGAAGCAAACCACACCAGAGCGCUUGACAGUCACUGGAUGUUUCACCCUGAAGAAAUCAAGAUCAAAAUUAAUCAGAAGAGUGGACAACUGUCUUGUCAAAUCUCCAUCAAGGUCAAAGGUUAGAGUAAUAAAUAAAAGAGGAAGAACAUUGGUGAUGUCAUUCCUCCCACACACCUACUGUGACAGUGGAGAUCUUUCGGUCCCCAUCAUUAGAGCUAUGUGAAUCUCAUGAAAGUUCCCACAGGAAAGUCUAACAUUACUAACAAGUUGGGUGGAAGAGUUUUUAGAGUCAAUAACUACAUCUAGGUUCUGGACUCACAAAACUGCAAAUCUGCUGGAAACCCAAGGAAAGUUAGAAUCUCAUCUUCAUGGGAACGACAUUGUUUAUUAAUUUUAUGUUGAAAGGGUAACUUUCUUCAGUUCUUUCUUCUCCUCGCUUUCGUCUGAAAACCUCAGAGAACUGUAUGCCAGUAUGAAAUUUUUCUAUCCCAUACCCUUCUUCCAUUUCUGCCAUUCUUUUGAUAUGUGUCCUUCUCACAGAGCAGACCAUACGAUUACAUCCUCGCUCAUUCCACUGUGUCAUUCUCUCAUUCUGACAAACAAAUGUAUACAGACUGUAUUGAUUCUCUGCUAUGAAUAAACAAUACAUUUUAGUAUG